CCUCCAACUGAAAAUCUCGGAAAGCUAGACCUAAGGAGAGAUGAGGGGAGAGACAGGAAGAGAAAUUCAGGGAAGAAAUUUAUUAGUCUGAGAUGAUCAGGAAAUCAAACAUAUACCACAAUUAAUAAUACUGUCGUUUCACAUGUAGAAACAUUUGUUAUAUUUAUUUUGCUUUAUUUUCUCCCUCAUCCUCUGUGUCAGGAAAAUAAAAUUGAGAAAAAAGGGUUCUGGGUAGUAUAGUCAGAAAAUCUAUAUAUAAAUAGGGGCUCUUCUUUUCUUUAUUUUCCCAAUCCACUAGUUCAAUAGUGGACAUUGAUUCAACAUAAAGACGGCUUAGGGAUAAAAAGUUAGAGAAGUUCGAACAGUGCUAGAAAAUGUUGUUACCAAAAAAGGAAGUAGCAGGAUGUGUUUUAGAGAAGAUCAUGGCCUCAUCUAGCUACUCUAACUCUCCCUGUGCUGCCUGCAAGUUCUUGAGAAGAAAAUGCAUGCCGGAUUGCAUUUUCUCCCCGUAUUUCCCUCCAGAAGAGCCUCAGAAGUUCGCCAAUGUGCACAAGAUAUUUGGAGCAAGCAACGUGAGCAAGCUUCUAAAUGAGGUGCAGCCCCACCAGAGGGAGGAUGCAGUGAACUCACUGGCCUAUGAAGCCGAGGCACGGAUAAAGGAUCCGGUUUAUGGCUGUGUUGGGGCAAUUUCAGUGCUCCAAAGGCAAGUGAUUAGGCUCCAGAAGGAACUUGAUGCCACAAAUGCUGAUUUGAUCCGUUAUACCUGCAAUGAAAUGCCAACCACUCAAGAUGGUAGAAGAAUUAUUGGUGAAGGGGGUGGUGGUGGUGGUUCCUCUCUUGGUCAAUCUCCUGGUUACUAUUACCCUUCUCCUUGGAACAAUGAUCCGCUUGGGGAUGGUUAUCACAGAGGUGACAAUAUAUAAUAUAUGAUUUUAAUUUCAUCCUUGGUUAAGUAUGAAAUGAAAUUCCUACUAUUUGUUAAUUAACGAGUUAUAUAUAUAUAUAUCCCUUUAGGGUUUCUUAUUGUUGUAUAGUAUUUGAGAUGAAGGGGGUGGUAUAGUCAUAGUGUGGUGGUUCUAAGGGGGCGCAUAUGAAUAAUAAGUUGUAUGUUGUAAUUGUGAGGGUGCCCUUCAUAUUUCAUAAAAAUGUGUCUCUUGUUAUAAAUGUAACUGAACUAGCUUGUACGUUUCCUAGCAGUCUCAUAAAUGGAAAUUUCGGUUCAUAAUAAAA